AGUGUGAUAGUGAUGUUCGAUUCUCAAUAGAAAGCACUCGAGGGCUCGGUUUUAAAAUUGUAGUUUCGUGUUCAUCGUGCAAACCGACUUUAAUUCCUUCGUGCCCAUACAUCAAGUCAGCUUACGAAAUACAUACACGAUUCUAUUUUGUUAUGCGUUAUUGGGGAUUGGUUUGCAUGGAGCUAUGAAGACAAAAUUCGCAUAGCGAAAGCCGAGCUGCAAGCGCAAGAACAGACGAAAGAAGGUCGAAUACGGCGCCGACAACAAAAUUUAGAAGACAUGAACAUUCCGUCGACCGUAGAAGACUUACACUAUGGGCCUGGUAUCAAUGAUUCCAUAUGAUUUUUGAAGAAACGCCAGUUGGUACCGUUUACCCGGAUUUUUUUACAGCGCUCCGAAGAUUAUACAACAACCUCGUCAAUUUUUGAUUUUUUUUAAUAAAAAAAUUGAACAUAUUCCUGAAUGUGUAUAUCUCCCCUUAAGCGAAUUGGCGAAAUUUAAAUUUCUUACUGCUAAAAUCUUACUGUUUAAAGCCAAGUGGGAUACGAUAACCUAUAAAAAUAUUAUGUUGACUGUGACUGACGAGUUACACGAUGGAUCAUUCAAACGAUUUAAACGUCGAUAUUGAAAUACAGGAAAAUAUCAAUGACGAACUUUUAAUUUCUAUUGUAAGAGAAAACCCAGUAUUAUAUGUGAAAACAUUAAAAGAUUACAAAAAUAAAGAACUGAAACGUGAAAAAUGGACAAGUAUUGGGGAGAUGCUUGGUUGUACAGCUGAGCAAGCAGAAGGGCGUUGGAAUACUCUUCGCAAUACAUUCACCAAAAAAUUACGGGAAAUGAAGGCAGGACAACCCAGUGAUUCAGGACAUAAAAUAAUGAAAACGUGGAUUUAUUUUAAGCAAAUGUCCUUUCUAACAUCACAUAUUGCCCAUCAAAUGUCACGCAGCUCUAUGACAACAUCUCAGAAAGAGAAAAGCAUGGAAUUACAAAAUAUUGUAAGAUCAUCAAUGCUCACCGAAGACCCUACAAUGAGGACAAUAUUAAGUCCAUUAUCAUCAAAUGCAUGGAGUUCUAUAAAUCUAUUGACAAAUUCAGAUAAUAGCACUAGCAGUUCUUUAGUUGAUGUACCUUUAAUGAAUACUGAAUCACUAACUUCAGAUCAGCAAUCUCCUAUUAAUUUUAAAGAUUCCGAGAACGAUCCACUUGAUAUAAAUAAUAAAGAAAAAAAGAAGAUAGCUACAAAUAUCGUUUCUGAGAAUAUGAAUACUAUAAUACAGAAAAAGAAAAUAAUACCGGCUUUAGAUCAAUUUGCAGCAAAAAAGCAGAAGACAAUGGGUACAGUAGAAAACAUAUUAUCCCAAUCUUCUCAUGCUUUUAACGUAAUGGCAACAGCAUACUUAAAUCAUACUACUGCUACACAGCAGCAGCAUCAUCCGUAUAUCACAGCAAUAGCUGAAGCAAUGAAACGAGUACUAGAUGAAAAGCAGUUGUCUUGUUUCAUGUCAAUUACGCAAAUAAUUUCAAAUCAUGAAACUUCUGAUUUCAAUUCAAUUAAACAAGUAAUUCUCAAGUAA